GUUGUAGUUUGUGCGGCUGCGAACCCUGUGGCUGCGGUCCUGGCCGUUGCCAGCCGACACAUGUGACUGUGAUUAAUUCCUGAUGCAGUUUUGAUUCAGAUUUAUUGUUUGAAUUGUUGAAGAUGUCAUCAGGCCUUACAGAGGAACAAAAGAGAAGAAUUGAAGAGAACCGCCAGUUGGCUUUGGCUAGGAGAGCAGAGAGGUUGGCAGCCCACAGAGGUGGGCACGUGGGGUUCGCUGGACCUCAGGUGAAAGAACAGAGUCCAGGCCAUCAGGGAAGCUGGAAGGAAGAGAACAAUCAUGUCAGAUUCAUUAGCCAGCACAAACAGAAUCCGAACAGUCCCGUGGAGCAGAAUAGCUGUCUUCAGAAAGAUUAUAAUCAUUACACUGCAAACCAACAGAUGGCUGGUUCACAUGGAGAGCAACAAAAGAAUUGUUCAGAGAACUCGGAACAAGCAAGUGGCAUUAAGCCUACAACGAUCACAAAUUCUCUGAGUUAUUCCCAUAAACAUUACAUGAAUGCUGAUGGUCAGGAACAUGGACAACAGGCUUUAAUUAAUCCUGGUACAUUCCAGCAGUCCAAGUGCUACCCAGCUUUCAAAACCUCUAUGGAAUCAUCUCAUCCCAGAUUAAUUGAUAAUGGGCACCCUGAUGGUAGUAAAGAUUUACAGAGUCAGAAAAAAUCUGCCAUAAAAUAUGUUACACCACCAAGCAGUGCCAACCCGAGUGAUACAGAAAUGCUGUUAAGCACAAGGAGACCAAAGGAAAGAGAAGGGGAAGGAGGUAGGAUGCAGAAGCUGACCAGCUGUACAAGCUCUACCUUUGAAGCUGUCUCUUGCAAGAAAGGAAAUAGCGUUACAAGAGGAAAAUGCGUGAAAUAUGGGGAAGACCGAUUUCAGAUUGAAAUAGGGUAUAAUGCUGAACUUAUUGCAGUGUUUAAGAAGAUACCAAGCAAAAACUAUGAUCCUGAUAUGAAAAAAUGGGAUUUCAGCCUGAAAGAUUACAGCAGUUUCAUGGAAGCAGUAAAUCAACUUCCGUCAGUAAUUCUGGCACCACUGGAAGGAGUAAAUGCAGUUGGCUUGGCAUCAGGCUCUUGUUUUGCUGGCAAUAGGAUUGAUGUGAAAUCCCUCUCAAAGAUGUAUAAGAACUGGAAGAAACCCUCAGCCUGUGUCAAAGGGAAGUGUGUGCUGAUCUCUCGCUUGCGGUUUGAGGUUGAUAUUGGGUAUUCUGCAGAAGUAAUUGGAGUGUUCAAACAGAUGGGUUCCAGAAAUUAUGAUAGCAACACCAAAAAGUGGAAUUUCCUGCUGGAGGACUAUCCCAGACUAAUGGAAGUAUUACAGAGCCUUGUGUCAGUAGAAGUGGAGCCACUGCCAGAGGCAGUGAUACAGGCCUUUGCUGCUCAAAUACAGAGAACUACAUCACAGACAGAUGUUCCUGAUGCUGACCUUUCAGUAGUGGACUCCAAAAUUGUGAAGAGCCUCAUGCCCUUUCAACGGGAAGGUGUGAAUUUUGCAAUUUUAAGAAACGGUCGUUUACUUAUUGCGGAUGACAUGGGCUUGGGCAAGACUCUCCAGGCGAUCUGCAUUGCUGCGUAUUACCAGAAGGAAUGGCCCUUGCUGGUGGUGACUCCAUCUUCUGUGAGGUUUACAUGGGCAGAGGCAUUUCACAGGUGGCUUCCGUCCUUGAGUCCAGGUAGUACCAAUGUCAUAGUGACUGGCAAAGACAACCUAACAGCAGGCUUGAUCAAUAUUGUCAGCUUUGACCUCCUCAGCAAGAUGGACAAGCAACUUCAGAGAACUUUCCAAGUAGUUAUUAUUGAUGAAUCUCAUUUCUUAAAGAACAUAAAAACUGCACGAUGCCGGGCUGCCAUGCCUCUACUCAAGGCUGCCAGGAGAGUGAUCUUGCUUUCAGGAACCCCUGCCAUGUCACGGCCUGCAGAGCUCUACACACAGAUUGCAGCUGUCCAGCCAGCCUUUUUCCCACAGUUCCAAUCCUUUGGACUACGCUAUUGUGAUGCCAAGAAGAUGCCGUGGGGUUGGGACUACUCUGGAUCAUCCAAUUUAACUGAACUGAAAAUUUUGCUGGAAGAGUCCAUCAUGAUCCGACGUCUGAAAUCAGAUGUGCUUUCCCAGCUUCCAGCAAAGCAACGCAAAAUGGUUGUGGUAGCUCCCGAAAAGAUGAGUGCAAAGACCAAAGCUGUCUUGGCAGCUGAAGCAAAGAUGAUGACCAAAGGAUACAAAAGUAAACAACAGGAGAAGGAAGCACUUCUCAUCUUCUACAGCAGCACGGCAGAAGCUAAAAUCCAUUCAGUCAUAGAAUACGUCCUGGACUUACUGGAAAGUGGCAAUAAUAAAUUCCUGGUGUUUGCUCAUCACAAGAUAGUGCUGGAUGCAAUAGUUGCAGAGCUGGAGAAGAAACAUGUUGAAUACAUUCGCAUUGAUGGCUCCACACCUUCAGCUGAGCGACAGUCUCUGUGCCAGAAGUUCCAGUUGUCAGAGGAGCAGGUGGUGGCUGUCCUGUCCCUCACUGCUGCAAACAUGGGCCUGACAUUGUCUGCUGCAGACCUGGUGGUGUUUGCAGAGCUCUUCUGGAACCCAGGGGUUUUGAUCCAAGCAGAAGAUCGGGCACAUCGAAUUGGACAGACCAGCUCUGUUAACAUUCACUACCUGGUGGCUAAAGGCACAGCAGAUGAUUACUUAUGGCCAAUGAUUGAAGAGAAAAUUAAAGUGCUGGGGGAAGCUGGUCUUUCAGAAACUGAUUUCUCCAGAACAGCUGAAUCCACUAAUUACUUCCCUAAGGCAGAUCCAAAGCAGAAGACCAUCUAUGACCUCUUUCAGAGGACUUUCUCUGAGAGCCAGGAUGACACUGAUGAAGCUUUGCUUUUGGAGGCAGCUGAUGCUUGCUGCAAGUUUGACUCUGGCAGUGCCUUGCAAGAUACAGGAGAAAUGUGUUCAGUGAGCCCCCCCAGAAAGCGGCGUAUUGAGGAGUUUUUUUAAGUGUAAUGGUGACAGCAAAAGAGACUGCAGCUAAGAUCUUUUUUUUUUAUUAAAAAAAGACAAAAGCAAUCGAGUAUUAUGAGUUUUCAAAAAUAAAAGACUGUGUUUUCUGUA